AUGCAAAAAAAAAUUAUUGCAACACAUGGAAAAGUUGGAACCAAUGAUCUCGACGAAGAUUUUGUUAAAGAAGUGGAAAGCACAGUAAAAGCAAUUUAUUCUCAGCUUCCUUCGAAAUAUAUAGGUUCCUCAACUAUGAAAGGAGUAUCAUUCGUAAAGUUCCUGCAAAACAUCGUUGAAUGUAUGAAUGAUUCUGAAACUUCGAAUACAAUUUCAAUUCCUUCCGAAUAUGAAUCAAUUACGCAAUUUGUAGCACAAGUAGCAAUAAAAGAAGCUACAGAAUUUUAUGAAGAAAGAAUGAAUACUUUGAAAAAUGAAGGAAAAUUACCAAUCUUAUGGGAAGAAUUUGAAGAAACUCAUAUUGAAUAUAUUUCGGAGAUUGAUAAAUUAUUUUUUGAGAAAAUAAUUGGAAGUCCCAAACAAAUAGGAAGUUUUGUUGAACAAUUACAUGAAAAAAUAUUUGAAUUUAAGAAAGAAUUUAGGAAAAUAAAUUCUAGAGAAUUAAUGAUCUAUAACGGAAAUAUAGCAAAAAAGAACAAUGAAGAAUUUCAAGCUGCGUUGGAAUCAUUCGAAUUAGCUUAUGAUAAAUCAAUGAAAAAAUCUCUAAAGGCCAAUAAAGUAAUUACCUCAUAUAAGCGAAAUCAAUAUCCAGCCGCAAUUGAUCACAUGAAACAAUUAGGAAUAAUGAACAAGAGAUUAGCAGAGGCAAUGUAUUUGAGAGAAGAAACUGAUAGAUUACGACGAGAAGCAUUUGAACGUACUGAAGCAAUUCGUAUAGAGACUGCAGCAUUUGAACGUGAACGUGAAAAAUUUAGAGAAAACUUUGAAAGUAAAAUAUCAGAAUUGCAAAAAAACAUAGAAGAACAAAGAAAAUGUAAUGGAGAAAUGAAUAAGGUACUUGAAGACUUUCAAAAAAUUUGA